UUCAACCCGACUGAACUAUUACAACGGUUUGGAAAAGAAAUUUAUUGUAUUUUCUUUUAUUUUGGAUAUAAUAGUGCUUGGAACCGGAAGCUAAUAACAGUCCUGGAUCAGAACCAAUAUUACCUUAUUGGUCCUGCAUUACUGACUUGGCUCUUUGCUUGUUUGUGGCUCUGAGCUACAGAAAGGGGCUGAAACCUCCUACAUCAUGAGCUUCUCUGCAUUGAAACUUGACACAAAUCCUAUCUCAAUUCACCAGUAUAGCUUCUAUGGUGCAAAAGUCGGAGGCGAGAGCUCUGUUCUGCAACUUCCCUCUGCUUCUAGGACCUUUCGGCAGGUUGUAAUAUGCUCUGCCAAAGCUGUGACUCCUUCAUCCCCAUUGGGAGUGGCUGUGCAGACAAGAGAUGUGCCAGAACGAAUUGGAUCACUUGGUCAGGUUUCAAGCGUUUUGGGUUCUCAAUGGGGUGAUGAAGGGAAAGGGAAACUUGUUGAUAUCUUGGCUGGGUAUUUCAAUAUCAUUGCUCGCUGUCAGGGUGGAGCAAAUGCAGGACACACAAUCUAUAAUUCUGAGGGUAAGAAAUUUUUCCUUCACCUUGUUCCCUCAGGAAUCAUCAAUGAAGAAACCCUUUGUAUUAUUGGGAAUGGAGUUGUGGUUCAUCUACCAGAAUUCUUCAACGAAAUCGAGGGCCUUGAGUCUAAUGGUGUCUCUUGUAAGGGUAGGAUAUUGGUAUCAGAUCGUGCACACUUGUUAUUUGAUUUCCACCAAGAGGUAGAUGGGCUUAGAGAACAUGAGCUUGGUAAUUCAUUUAUUGGGACAACCAAGAGAGGGAUUGGGCCUUGUUACUCAAGCAAGAUGAUUCGGAAUGGCAUAAGGGUAGGUGAUCUGAGGCACAUGGAUACUUUCCCGCAGAAGCUUGAUCUCUUACUGUCAGAUGCUGCUUCACGAUUCCAAGGGUUUGAUUAUGGCCCCAACAUGCUCAGGGAAGAAGUGGACCGCUACAAGAGGUUUGCUGAGCGAUUGGAACCAUAUAUUGCUGAUACUGUCCAUUUUGUGAAUGAAUCCAUCUCACAGAAGAAGAAAAUAUUGGUUGAAGGUGGUCAGGCAACCAUGUUAGAUAUUGAUUUUGGAACAUACCCAUUUGUCACUUCCUCUAGCCCAUCAGCAGGUGGGAUAUGCACUGGGCUUGGCAUUGCACCAAGAGUCCUUGGUGAUGUUAUUGGAGUGGUAAAAGCCUAUACAACAAGAGUUGGUUCGGGUCCUUUCCCAACUGAGAUCUUAGAUAUAGAUGGAGAUCGGCUUAGGUUGAAGGGGAAAGAGUUUGGCACAAACACAAAUCGUCCUCGACGUUGUGGCUGGCUUGAUGUAGUUGCUUUGAAGUAUUGCUGUCAGAUUAAUGGUUUCUCCUCUCUGAAUCUCACCAAGCUUGAUGUACUUGCGGAUAUUAAAGAAAUUAAGUUGGGGGUUGGCUAUAGAUUAGCUGAUGGCACACCAAUCAAGUCAUUCCCUUCAGAUUUAAAUGUUCUUGAGCAAUUAAUAGUUGAAUACGAAGUUGUACCUGGGUGGCAAGAUGAUAUUUCUAAAGUUAGAAAGUAUGCCAGCCUACCACUCGCUGCUCGCCAAUAUGUGGAAAGGAUAGAGGAACUUCUUGGUGUACCAAUUCAUUAUGUUGGGGUUGGACCUGGCCGUGAUGAUCUCAUAUUUAAGUGAUUCUUCAAUUUCCAUGCAGACGACCAUGUGGGACGCCAUUAAAUCUUUAGAAGUUCCAAUAUUAUAUGGGUAGGUGAGAAACAUUGAGCAUCAUCUAACCAUCAGGGACUGUCAUGUUUGUAUCUCAUGGAAGUCAUUUAAAAGAUUAGUGUUAGUGUUUUGGUUAACGAAAGGAUGGUUUAUGGCGAGCUGUUGGUAGACCUAUAGUAGAAGUUAGUGAUUAGAGACCUGAAUGUGUUUAUCAGAAAAUUUAACCUUAUCCAUCGUAAGUGGCGGAAAAUAACAAGUAAUUACUGUAACUGGUAUUGAUUGCUAACGUUAACAAUUUUCCAAAUGGUAGAAAUUAAAAGUUCCAGGGA